AAUGAAUAAAAUUUAUAGUCAAUAUAAUCUUGAAAGAUUGCGAUUGCAAUAAUCAGAGAAGGAUUCAUUAAAAUUAGAAAGUAAUUUAGAAUUAGUAUUUUAAAGGAAGUGAUGUGAAAAGGGGAACUGGAAAGAAUGCAAUUAGAAAGAUCUUUGGAAUUGAUGAAGGUAGUAAACAUGAAUAUGACAUUUAUGAACAGUAAUAACUAGAUGCAUUUAAGAAAGAGAUUGAAGAAGAGAGAGAUCUAUUAACAGAUGAAAUAAUAUUGAGAUUCUUAUAUGCUAAUCAUUUUGAUUUCCCUUAGACAAUAAAAGUAUAUAUAUAUUAACUAAUACAUAGCAUAUGCGUAAUCAUUAAUAAUGGCUUUAAGAUCCAAAUAACUUUAAGUGGUCUCUCAACACUGAAGAAAUGAUAGUAUUUUCUAUUUAAUGAUUCACUAGAAAUAAGGAGCAAUAUAUGUGAGUGGUCGAGGUUAAGGAUAUAAACCUAUAAUAGUGAUAAAUGCAGAUAAAUUUGAUAUCACUAUUUAUCCAAUAGAUGAUAUAAUGAGAGCAAUCUCAAUAGUUCUUAUGGUUGUUAAAGAUUACAUGUUAGUACCUGGAAAGGUUGAGAGUUGGUAUAUAAUUGUUGAAGCCAAGAAUACAACUGCAUUUUCUGUUCCAUUUACUGUAUUCCUCCAUAACAAAUAUGAUAGCAUUUAAAUUAGAUUUUUGAUAUGUUAAAACUCAAUUUCCCUUGUUAUUUGGAACGAAUGUUCAUUUUAUAACCAUAGACAUCUAUACAAAUUACUUGGUAAAUUGUAGAAUAAUUUAUUCCAUACAAUUCUAGACACAAGAUAGAAUUUGUAACUAAUGAUUUUUCAUUAAUGUUCAAUUAUAUCAAACCAAAAUAAUUAGAAUAAAGACAUGGAGGUAGAGCACCUAAUAUAUAUGAUUAUUGGCCACCUCAUGUAGAGGAUUUUAAUGAAGUUGAAUAUUUAAUGAAAGAGUAAGAAGAAACUAAAAAAAUAUAAGAAUAAAUUAAUUAACUUCAAAAAGUAAUGCCAUUUACUUCUUCAAUUGAUCUUCAAGUAUCAAAUCUAUUAAGAAAACAUUAUAAACCUAAAAAUAAGAUAUAUUAAGAAGAAACACAUCUUGAAACCACUAACUAUUAUUUGAAUAAAUCCAAUUCCAAAACUGUAUUCUUAAAUGCUCCAAAAGUCUAAUAAAUUAUUUCAACAUAAUAAAGAAUUCAAGAACAAUAAGAAAUGUAAUCAUAAUAAAAACCUUAAGAAGUUAAUGCAUCUUUUGAAUAAUAACUUAAUAAUAAUAAUUACUUAAAUUAUCCAUCACAAACACAAUUUAAUCCUAAUACUUAAUCAAAUCAAUUAAAUUUUAGAUAACCAUAAUUUCAAUCCAGAUUUAUUGGAUCUAAAACUAGAUUAAAUGAAACUUAAAAUUCGUAAAUGCUUGGAUCCCAAAAUCCCAAUUUCUAAUCCAGAUUUGUUGGCCCUAAAACUUAACAUCUAUUUAUUAAAUAAGAUGUUAGCAUUAUAGCCAACAAAGAGGAACUUGUAUCUGCUUAGCAUUCAUAAAUUAUGUGA